AUGAAACGAGCAGGACCAGAAGCCAUACCAAACGACAGCAAAAUGCGAAAAAAAGAGCACCCCUUCUUUGACAUGAGCCCCAAAAAGUCCUCGUUUAAAUGGAUAAACGCACUAGACUCAGUAUUGAUUGCAAGACCGUCAGUCAAGGAGACCGCAAGAAGCAAGAUUGCAGCAUUUGAUCUCGAUGGCACGCUGAUUGCAACCAAAUCUGGACGUGUCUUUGCAAAAGAUGAGCAUGAUUGGAAAUGGUGGGAUCCAGCUGUUCCUAAACGCCUGGAAAUUUUGCAUGAUGAAGGGUUCAAAAUUGUCAUCUUUUCUAAUCAAAACGGCCUCAACAAUGAUAACAAGAUCAAGGGAUUCCAGAACAAGACUGAAAGCAUGCUGAGACAGAUUAAUUCACCCGUAUUAGUCAUGGCAGCAAUGAAAAAGGACAAAUAUCGCAAGCCCAUGACAGGCAUGUGGGAAUGGCUUGAACACAACAACGACAAUGUCUCUAUUGAUAAGAGCCAAAGUUUCUAUGUGGGUGAUGCUGCUGGCAGAGAGGAUGGUUGGAAGCCAAAGUACAAAAAGGAUCAUUCAUGCGGGGAUCGCAAGUUUGCUGACAACAUCAACAUUGCUUUCCAUACACCCGAAGAGUUUUUCUUAAAGGAACCCAAGGCCAAGUUUCAAUGGAGAGGGUUCAAUGCCAAGGAACAUAUGGCAUCUUCAGUGCCACUCCAUACACCCGAGUCGACACCGUUAGCAAAAGAAGCAGAAAACGAAGUGAUUGUUUGUGUUGGAUACCCUGCAAGUGGGAAGAGCAGUUUUGUAAAGAAGCAUCUGGUUCCCAAGGGAUAUGUCUACAUCAACCAAGAUACUCUAAAGACCAGAGACAAGUGCAUUGCAGCAUGUCAAACCGCUUUGAAUCAAAAGAAAUCAGUAGUAAUCGACAAUACGAACCCUGAAAGAGCUACUCGUGCAUUAUACAUCAAGCUUGCUCAGAAUGCAAAAGUGCCUAUUCGCUGCUUUUACUUUGGAGACAACGAAGAGCUAUCCCAACACAACAAUUACUAUAGAGCUGUGCAUAAACCUGAAGAAAAGAGAGAUGUUUUGAGCAGCAUUGCAUUCCGUACCUUUAAAUCAAAGUUACAGGAGCCAUCGACUGUGGAAGGGUUUAAAGAAGUAAAAAGGAUCAAUUUUGUAUUUGAUGGACCAGACAAUGAGAAGGAAGCAUGGCAGAGAUGGUGGCAUUAG